CUCGUUCGUGUGCAUGUGUGUGUGAAUGUGUGUGUGCGUAUUAUGCCAAAAAGUCCUUCAGCAGCAUUCAGUUUCUUCCCCCGUUAGCCUGGCAGUAGGAUGUAAAGUGUGUUUCACGUUUGCUAGAAAAAAAUUGGCUUUCCCGGUUUGGUAUAACUGUUAUCCUGCAAUUUGCACGUGCCGUUUAGAACCGUUUGUGUUGUCCCCCCCACUUCAUUUCCCCCAGUCGCAGUCUGCAGUGCAAGGAACUUGCGUGCUUUUUUUUUUGGAGCAUGCCUGGACGGACCACUCGAUGAAAGGGAAUCCGGAACCGAACCGUUCGUAAUGUGCAGUCGGAGCUACUAGGCGGAGGGAGAGGGAGAUAAAAAAAGAGAGCGAGAAGUUAGCUAGAACACUGGAAGGGCCAACCCUCUUCAACCCACAACCGCGUAGACGACGACGAAGACAACCAUGAAGCGGCAAAACAUUCGCACCCUUUCGCUGGUGGUGUGCACGUUCACCUAUCUACUGAUCGGGGCCGCCGUGUUCGACGCACUGGAAUCGGAAACCGAAGCACGCCGUUGGGAGUUUUUGAAAAGUGUUAAGGCGUCCUUUGUCGCGAAGUACAACAUCACGCCGGAGGACUACCACAUGAUCGAGAUCGUGAUCACGGAGAACAAACCGCACAAAGCGGGACCCCAGUGGAAGUUUGCCGGCGCGUUCUACUUUGCCACGGUCGUGCUGGCGAUGAUCGGGUACGGCCACUCGACGCCGGUCACCAUCGGCGGGAAGGCGUUCUGCAUGGCGUACGCGAUGGUCGGCAUUCCGCUGGGGCUCGUCAUGUUCCAAAGCAUUGGCGAACGUUUGAACAAGUUUGCCUCGGUUGUAAUACGCCGCGCGAAAAAAUAUCUGCGCUGCCAGCAGACGGAAGCUACCGAGAUGAACCUGAUGCUCGCAACCGGAUUACUUUCGUCGGUUAUUAUUACGACCGGAGCGGCUGUGUUUUCACGCUACGAAGGAUGGAGCUAUUUCGACAGCUUCUACUACUGCUUUGUAACACUGACGACGAUCGGCUUCGGUGACUACGUCGCGCUGCAGAACGACCAGGCGCUGAUCAACAAGCCCGGCUACGUCGCGCUCAGCCUGGUGUUCAUCCUGUUCGGGCUGGCCGUCGUCGCGGCCAGCAUCAAUCUGCUCGUCCUGCGCUUCAUGACGAUGAAUGCGGAAGACAUCCGGCGGGAGGAGGCUGAAAUGCAAUCGUCCGUCGAUGGGCUGACGACGUACGAGUGCGAAUCGACGGGAAAGUUGCUCUCGUGCGCCAACCUGAACUACUGCUCGGAGAUCGAGGAAGAGGACACCUCCGUCUGCUCGUGUACCUGCCUCGGUGGUAACAGUUUCACCACGCACGAGCACGAAUUUCUGCUCGACCAAGGAUAUCAUCCGGCCGAUAUCAUCACGAGCACUAUCAGCCUUAAGCGCAUGUCGAUCUAACUAGAGUGGGCGGUGAAGAGCUGCACACACACAGAUACACACAGAUUAUAGAUAGAAAUACUAGGGCAGAGAUUAAGUAUUGUAAGUUCACCCUUUUUUCGUGCGCACAUAAGCAAACCGUUCUUUUCUUCCACUGCUUCAGAUAGUUAGAGCCAUUAGAUAUUCAAUUUUAGUCGUGCCAAAACAAACGAUCCACGUGUCCAAACCAGA